AUUAUAAUGAAACAGAAAUAGUAAUAGUAACAGUAAUAGUAAUAAAGACCAUAUCAAUUUCCAUAUAGUUGAAAAAAGAAAACUUCUGUAUAUUAGUAGACAGAUAUUAACUUCCAUAUACAUUAUUUAAGACCUUUAAAUCUCCAGUACUAAAUCCAACAUAAAAUGGAAAGUGACAAUUCAUUUCCUGUAAAUUAACACAUCAUUUAAGGAAAGAGAUAUAGAAAAUAUUUAUAAUUCAAGAACAAAAUCCUAACGUUCCUAAUUGUAUAUAUUUCCAUAUACGUCACACCGAAUUUUGAUGUAUAAAAGAACUAACGCAACUAAGAAAAACAAAAUAUCUAAUUAAUCACACAAUUCUUCCUCCUCAACAACCCAAAACAUUGAUAACCUCUGUGAGUUUUGCAAUGAUGAGAGGUGCUGCUUCGACCGAAGUAGUAGCAGUCAUGGUAAUGAUGCUAGCGGUAUUGAACCAAUUAGAGAGUGCUGCAGCUAAUGAUUCAUUAUCAUCAAACAAAAGUUUUUGUAAUAUUUAUAGAGGAAGUUGGGUCUACGACAAUUCUUACCCUCUCUAUGAUUCCAAGUCUUGCCCUUUUAUCGAGAGACAGUUUAACUGCAAGUCCAAUGGUCGCCCCGACCAAGAUUACCUCAAGUAUCGUUGGCAACCAUCCGGUUGCAAUGUCAUAAGAUUCAACGGCUUAGAUUUUCUGGAAAGAUUGAAAGGGAAGAAACUCAUGUUCGUAGGCGACUCACUGAGUCUAAACCAAUGGCAGUCUCUCACGUGUUUGCUCCACAACGCCUCACCAAAAGCUAAAUUCACCAUUACUCGUUCCCCUUCUGGCCUCUCCGUCUUCUCCUUCCCCGCUUACAAUGCAACGAUUAUGUUCUCAAGAAACGCGUUUCUGGUGGAUAUAGUCGGAGCUCCACCAAAGCGAGUGAUGAAGCUCGACUCGAUCUCAACCGGUUCGCUGUGGAAAACCGCAGACGUUUUGGUCUUCAACUCUUGGCAUUGGUGGCUUCACACCGGCAGAAAGCAACCAUGGGAUGCAGUUGAGUAUGGAAAUGUAACGGUUAGAGACAUGGACCGAUUAGUGGCGUAUGAGAAAGCCAUUAGGACUUGGGGUAUGUGGAUUGACCAAAACAUUGAUCAUUAUAAAACUAAAGUGUUUUUCCAAGGUGUCUCUCCUGACCAUGCCCGGUCAAAGGAUUGGUCGAAGCAAGGUGGUAAUGGCAGCUGCAUUGGAGAAACAAAGCCGGUUAUGGGAUCAAACUAUCCGGCAGGGCCACACCCAGCAGAAAUGGUGGUGGAGAAAGUUAUCAAGACCAUGAAGCAUCCGGCGCGGUUAAUGGACGUGACAUUAAUGUCUCAGUUAAGGAAAGACGGUCAUCCUUCGGUCUAUGGAUUCGGUGGUCACAAGAACCCGGAUUGUAGCCACUGGUGUCUUGCUGGAGUUCCAGAUAGCUGGAACCAGCUACUGUACUCUGAGUUAUUUCAUUCUUGAUUCCUGAUGGAUAUAGAGAGUCUCGAACAUAGCUCAAUUCAUUAUUGUACUUUGGUUAUUUUGAAUGAAUUAUGGCCCAAGUCAUUCCGGCUUAUGACAUAGUUUUCCGUAGGUACAUACAAGCAAUCAACAAAUAAUUAGCAAGGUAACAUCUUUAGACGCAUUGUAUUUUAUCUCUUCAAAUUUCCAUAUACAUGAGAAAUUCUAUAAAUUAAUACUCAAUAUAUUAAUAAAUAAAAUAAAUUAAUAUUUUUUUCCGGAAUUGAAUCAAUUCAAAAUAUAACACAAUUUGACAAAAAAAUAAUAAGAUAAUAAAUAUUUAAUUUUUCUUAUAAGCCCAUGAUUCUAAUAAAACAUAAAUUAUUAAUUACUAGUUUGUAUGAAGUUUAUAUAAUAUAAAUAAAUAUUAUAGUAUCUAUAUUUAUUUACAGUGAAAUCUAUUUCUAAUUUUUAUUAACAUUUUGAUGCUAUUUUGUCAGAUAAUAUCUAAACCCCAUCAAGAUUAUAUAUUGUAUAUUUCAAUAUAACCAAUAAUCUAAAAUAUAAAUAAAAUAAAAAUGAGUUUAUUAGCGAAUACACAACAUCAUAAAAUUUUGUUCUUUUGUUUGCAUAAAAUAUACACUUAAAUAUAUUAAUUUUAUCAAUAUUUUCUUCUUUUUAAAUUAAUUUUUUAUAAAUUUAUAAAUUAAUAAAUAUUAGAAUCUCAGAAUUAUUAAUGAAUAAAGUUCUCAAAAACUUCAUCAUAUAAUAAAUAUAUUUUAUUAUGAACAAAAAUAUAUAUUUUAUUAAAAAUAAAUUUAACACAAUAUUAUACUCACUUACUAAAUGAUAAAUUCCAAAAGAGUACAUCUAAUUUGUUUGCUAAAUAGAUAAUUGCUUCUCCUUUUUAUUUAUUUUCUUUAAUAGUUGAAAGAUUUUGUGAGAACUCUUUGAUAAUGAUGUUUUAGCUACAUAAUAAGGCACUGUUUGUUUCUGUAUUUGAUGCAGCAUCUAGAUGUAUCUUGAUAUUGCAUCCGGAUGUUUUUUUUAUAAUUAGUAUUUGUAUUCAGAUACAACAUAUGGAUGUUAAGUUGUUCGUUUUUAUCAUUUUAACUAAUAGUAUUUGAAUCAAGUAAAGUGGAUGAGCUUCAAAAAGGUUGGCUUCACUGCGAAAAUUUUGAGAGUCAGCUAUAUAUAUGCAUAUAAUUAAAGAAUAAAAACAGUGACAAAAAAAAAUUAAAAAAUUAAAAAAAAAAACGUUUCCAUUUUCUAUCUUUUUACAGUGUUUGACAGAGAUUGUGGUAAUCAUGUCUUCUUUGAGACAACUAACUUAUUACCUUCCCCUUCGCUAACUAAUAUGAAGAUGUCGUCAUGAACGUUGCCACUUCCCCAGAUCAUAAUAAUAGAGAACUUUAGUGUAUCAUUACGAAAGUAAAAAAUAAUUAUUUGGAAGCUGUUUCCUGCUAUCAAAUUUCAAGAGAAUUCUCAAAACCUAAGAGAAUUAUUACGAAAGUGUAUCAUUUUUUUUUUGUAACACUUGCUCAUUAAAUUAAAAAUGAAAAGGCUUCAGGCCCAAAGUAUUUUUAGCCCAAAGAUGGGUCAGAUACACGAGACGAAAAUAGGGAGAGUUUUGCUAAUCGAUCCGCUUCCACAUUCAGCGAUCGAGAGAGAUGAGAGAAAGAUAUCUCGACAAACGCAGAUGAGAUCCUUUGGAUAUCUUUGACAAUACCAAAGAUCUCUUUUACCUGCAAGUCGUUGUUGAUGGCUCUGAUGAGCGUUAGGUUGUCAGAGAAAGCUUUGAGCUUUUGAUGCUCAAGUUCCACUGCAGAGAGGAGACCGGAUCGGAGCGCAAUUGCUUCCGCUACUAGUGGUGAGGUGAUCGAUUCAAGCGUAGCUGAUCCACAAAAGUGUAUCAUUCUCAAAACAAAUUCACGUUUUACUGAUGUGCGACUAAAAAUACUCGUUACGAGAUUCUUGACUGCCUGAUUUUCCAUACCGAAUACAUCCAUAUAUCAGUUACAUAUAUAUAUGAAUUUUGGACUAAAUGUAAUAGUAGUCUUGGUGAUUUUUAUCUCAUCUUUAACCCUAAAACUCCCAUGGUGAACUUCAGUAAUGCAAAGGAAAAUAAAGGGUUUUUCUUUUUGUAAAAGGGCUUUCAGAAAUAAAAUGUCUAGCGGUUAGGACAUUGGACUCUGAAUCCAAAAUAAAGGUUCGAGAGAAAGUUUCUUGCGAUCCAUUGUAGUUUUGGCUCGUCGGAUAUAUUCAAGCAUAUCCUUUUCUAAUCUUUGUCCAAAGAGGGAACAAAACAUAGCCAAUUAAGUUUCCCCAUCUUGAUUUUAAACCUUUCUCCAUCAUUUUUGCCAAAUCCUGUGUUUAUAUUAUUCGUUAUAAAAUUCUCUAACGUAUAUAAUAUUAGAUUUUAACUCUUUACAAAAAUUAUGAAAAGUUCAGAUGAGUUUUUAUACCUCAAUAAUUCUGUUUGGACGUAGGUUGAAAAAAAUAACGCCAUGGAGACUUUGUUCUUAACUUAGAUUUUUUUUCCAUAUCUGCUGGAUUAGUGAAGUUAAUUUGAUGGUGUAAAAUAUUAUCUCAAACGCGAAAACAAUAGGGAAAAAAUUAUAGUGACUUACCGUAUCUUUGAUUCAAAUAUCGUGAAAGGCCAGCUUGCACAAUUCCAAAAAGAACAUCAUUCACCGUCUAAUUAAAAAUGAGACAAUCAAAUCAAUCCAUGAAAAGAUUAUUUAAAAUAAACUAUUAAGCAACGUACCAUAUUCAUCGCAUUCUUCACCACUUUCACAUCAUCCAAACUAAUAAUUAGAUGAAUAAACUUAUUAAUGCUAACUGUAGCACCUGGUUUACCCUUAAGAGGUGUUGCUUCGUCUCCAGGAAAGCAUACGAUUACCAUGGAUUUAAAAAUUUCAAUGCAAGUGUGAAACAUUAGUCUUACUAUAAACCAAAACCAAGUAACCAAUGACCAACAAGCAUGUGUCGCAUUACCAAUGACCAACAAGCAAGUAAACAAUAAAUUUGAUAAUUUUUUUUAACUACUGAUAAAAAAAUUUAAAACACAUAAUUCUUGCAAAAAGAAAACUUUUCCUUCUCUUGCUUUCGUCGCGUAACACGAUCGAAAGUAACAAGGGAAGCUCCAUAGAUGAAAACUACCCUUUCGUACGAAAAACAACAAGAUGGUUCGAGGUGACUCUGAUUGUUAUAGUGACGUUUAUGGUGGUUAUCGUUGAUGACGACAACAACUAAUUCUCUGAAAAACCUUACAUGGAUCGUGAGAAGAACAAUAUUUUAGGAAAUAAGAUCUUGUAGAAGAUGAAAGAUGAGAGAUGCAGCUGUUGCAUUAGUCUCUCACGUUUAAGGAGAUACAUAUUCACAUAUAUAUGUGCACACAUUUAGGUUAGAAAAAAUAGUGAUUUGGUAUUGAUUUAUAAUAUUAAUUAAACCAAAAUCGGU